AUGAAUGUUAAUCUUAAUAGAGUAUUAAUUAACAAUGAUAUAAUAGAAGAAUACUAUGUCCAAGAUGAUUGGAAGAAGUUAAAAAAAAAGACAGGUUAUAAAAUAGAAGUAGAAAAAAUAAUUGAUAGAUCAAAAAAUGAAGAAGAAAAAUUAGAAAUAAUGAUCAAUGCAACUGCUUUCAUGAAUGACACAAUGUUGAUAGAGAAUGACAAAGAAAGUAUAGAUAAAAUGAUCAAAAUAUGCCAUCAAUUCUUUGAAAUAAAUGAUAUAAAAGCAAAUGUUAGCAAAUAUGAAUUAAUUAAGAUUAAUUACAAAAAAGAUAAAUUAAUAAUAGAAGGCAAAGAAAUAAAAAAAAGUUAA